UAUUGAGUGGAACGUGUUGAGCGUUUGACGCAGAGCUGAAUUUCGUCGUUGCUAUCGGUGUGAAGUUGUAUUUUCUUGCGGGCGAUUAGAAACGCUAGCAAGUCGCGACAAUAAGAAAGCAGCGAUAAAAAUCGCUUAAAAUCGGCAAAAAUAAUUCGUUGUUUUUAUUGUUGUUGCUGUUGCGUUUGCGGUUGUAGUUGGGGCAUCUUUUGUUUAAAAAGCUUCGCGAAUUGAUUAUUAUUAGCGAUUCGUUCGGCGCAUUUCGUGUGGCCCCCGUGCAAAACUUGAAUUUUAAAGCUGAUUCCGCAAAAAAGAAGAAAAACUCAAAGUCAAAACAAAAACGCAAGCCCCCGUCCCAAAAAAGUUAAAAACAUAUGCUGAUCCGAGCAUUGUGCUGAGAUACAGAUACAAGUGAAGUGCACAAGAGUUGAGAUACUUGAACUAUAUUGUCCUGGAUUAAAUAUAUAUUAGAGUAUCUCUACUGAUUGAAACAUGAAAUCAACCUGCAAUUGAAUCCUUCGCAGCAGUUUACGAUCGCAUACAAAAUGCUGGACAAACAAAGCACCAUCUCGAUGUCUGGCUCCUGCUGCAGCUCGAAUGCAACCAAUGCGGACCUGGACUACGAUGUGCCCGUCUCACGGCGCAUUCACAUUAAAUCGAAACUUUAUGCCAAGGCCAUUUAUGAUAAUGUUGCGGAUAUGUACGACGAGCUGUCCUUCAAGAAAGGCGACAUCCUUACAGUCAUCGAGCAGGACACCGAAGGCAUCGAGGGCUGGUGGCUAUGCUCGCUGCGCAACAGACAGGGUCUGUGCCCCGGCAACCGUUUGCGCAUCUUGAACUCUUACGACUCGGGCUGCUUUUCGCCCUCGCCGGCCAGUUCGCCGAUUCCAUCGCUGGCGGCCAGCACAGCGACCUUAAACAGUUCCAUCUGCUCGGCGGAGAUCUAUGAGAAUGGCUCGAUGCUGAAUGCCAGUGCAGCAGCCGCGGACACGCAAUCCACAGGCUCCAACACCAACUCAACCUCAUCGAGUGGCCAGGGCCGAGGAGGACGCAGAUCAUGGCACGUCUCCCCAAAUAAGGUCAUAACGCCACAGCGGCACGGGGAUGAGUACAUCUACAACUAUUCGCCUGGUACAGUGUGUUUGGGAGCGUCGCGUUCACCGAAUCCGAAUCCGAGUCCACAGCAGAUAUACAGCAAUCAGAGCAUCUACCAGAAUCUGGGCACGAUGAUGGGCAACGGCUCGAUUGGCAAUGGAAGUGAAUUCGAGACCUAUGAUAUACCCAAGCCAGCGACGCCUGUGCAAUUCAAUUACGAUGGCGGUCGGGGAGUGGGCGUGCGCACGCCUACGACGGGCUCAGCUCUGGGCGCACGCUUCGAUUCGUUGAAGAGUGUCGAGGAGGAGUCCUACGAUGUGCCACGCCCUCUGCUCCCAUUACAGCUACAGCAGCAGCAACAGCAGCUGCAAAAUACAUUAACGCCCAGCAGUUCGGCUUCCUCUUUGCUUACCAGCGACAGCUUGUCAUUGAGCUUCUCCAGCUCGAAUCGCAGCUCGCUGGCAAAUAUGCCCGACUACGAUAUACCGCGUCGUCAUCCUCUGCCCGUGCGGCCACAUCAACGCCCGCUCGCUUCCGCCAACCAAGCCAACUCUUUGCCGCCGCUGCAGGAGCAGGCGAGCAAUGCCAACAAUGCCAGCAAUGCCAGCAAUGCCAGCAAUGGCAGCCAUGUGAGCACAGUGAAAGAGUUGCCUCUGGAGCUGAACUCAGCGCUGGAAACGCUGGCCAAACUGCAAUCGCAGACAACGAUGGCCAUCUCACGUCUGCUCGGCUUUGUGGUGCCGCAUUGGCGCACGCCCGCCCAGCUGGAGAAGCACGCUAUGGAACUGAAGCUGGCUGCACUGCGUCUGCGCACAGCUCUGCACGAUUUGGCCGAGUUUUGUGAGGGCGCAUUGGGUAAUGCCCAGAGUUCUGAGGAUCGCAAUUUGGCUUUGAAGCUGAGACCCUUGGUGCGUGCGCUACGCGAUGCCAACAAGUUGAUACAGGACUCCUCGGACGCGCUGGACGAACAGGGUGGCUGGUCAGUGGAGCAGCUGGCGUGUAGCGAUGAUAAGCAUGGCUGCCGGCCGCCAGAUAGUCUGGAUCAGUUGAUUGCCUGCGCCCAGACGCUCACCGAGGAUGUGCGCUCCACCACCAGCUUCAUCCAGGGCAAUGCCUCGCUGCUGUUCAAGCGACAGUUGCCCGCGGAUCAGCAGCUCCACAGUCAGAAUGGUGGGGAGAGCAGCAUUGCCGGCGGCCGUGGCAGUGCCGCUUGGCUCGAGGAUUAUGACUAUGUGGCCUUCGAGUCCAAGGAUGCGGCGGCCAAGAAGAAUCAAGCACUGAGAGAUGUCAUACCCGCUGGCAUGAAAACUCAGUUCGAUUGCGCUCUAAAGAUAGCCGAGUCUACGGCCAUGGGCAACACGCCAACGGUGCCGACCACGCCCACAGCUAGUGUGCCCCAGCCCAAUAGGUCACCCGAGCUGACGGACAAGGAUAAGAAGGUGGUGCGCUAUUAUGCUCAACAAAUUUCCACGCACAUGGGCAACCUUCUACGUGCCAUCGACUCCUUUUUGGAGACCGUCGAGAAGAAUCAACCGCCGAAGUAUUUCAUCGCCUAUGGCAAAUUUGUGGUGGUCAGCGCCCACAAUCUGGUGACCAUUGGAGACAAUGUGCACCGUAACAUCUCCAAGGAGGCGUUGAGAGAGAAAAUUCUCCACUGCACCAAUGCUUUGUCGGACGCAUUGAAGACCUGCGUGCUGAAGUCGAAGAAGGCCGCGGCGCAUUUCCCGAGUGGCAGUGCGGUUCAGGAAAUGGUCGAUUCGGUGGUGCACAUCAAUAAUUUGGCACGUGAACUGAAAACCGUCAUGCUGCAGGCCGUCAAACUGUCGGCGAGCGAUGGAUCCUAAAGAGGCGAGCCAGGCGACUAGGCGACUAGGCUUACAAAGUCUUCCAGGCUGCCAGCUGGCAAAUGUUCCUUACGGCUUAUCUGAAUUGGCAUAUCCCAGCACGCAUCGAUACUCGAUAUAUGAUUUGCAUUGUGAUAUUUUCAGAAAAUGCACAGAGCUACCCAUAGAUCGUUGCCACGAUCUCCCCAUACAUACAAAUAUAUAUAUUAUAGAUGUAUAUAUAUAUAUACAUCUGCAU